AUGUCGACCACGGCCGAGAAGAAGGAGGAGUCGAAGCCGAGCCAGACGUACGAGUGCGGCUGCCAUUGCGGCUACAUCAAGUUCGCCAUGACGCUGUCGCCGCCUCUGACGGGACAGGCCGACGGCGCCAACUACAAGGUCUUGCAGUUGCCCCUUGCUUCUGGCCCUCUGCUCUACAUUGUGCUUUCGUCAAAGCUGGACCCCCUCUCAAUCCUGGAGCGCGCCCUCGUUCCCAGUCGCAAAUUCAUGUUUGAGCGGGACUUCUGUAGAAGCCGAAGCAACUUUGCGUCUCAUCUGACCGAGGGAUGA